GUUUUGCCAAAACUCCUCAAUCCUCCCCUUCCCACCUCCGGUAAAGAAUCACCAGAAGAACAACCGACAAAGAAACAUUCAAUACCGCCAAAAUGGUCAAGGCCGUCGCUGUCCUCCGUGGUGACUCCAAGGUCACGGGUAACGUCAUCUUCGAGCAGGAGUCCGAGUCCGCUCCCACCAAGGUCACCUGGGACAUCACGGGCAACGAUGCCAACGCGAAGCGCGGCUUCCACAUCCACACCUUUGGCGACAACACCAACGGCUGCACCUCUGCCGGCCCUCACUUCAACCCCCACGGCAAGAAGCACGGUGCUCCCUCGGACGAGGACCGUCACGUUGGCGAUCUCGGCAACGUCGAGACCGACGCCCAGGGCAACGCCAAGGGCUCCGUGUCUGACAAGCACAUCAAGCUGAUCGGCCCCCACAGCAUCAUCGGCCGCACCGUCGUUAUUCACGCCGGCACCGACGACCUUGGCAAGGGCGGCAACGAGGAGUCUCUCAAGACUGGCAACGCCGGCCCUCGUCCCGCCUGCGGCGUUAUCGGCAUCUCCAACUAAUUUGCUUGCCCACGCAGUGCCACGCAAGGCACAGGAAAAGGCACCGCCGCCACCAAAAAAGCGUCAAGAAUGACAAGAUGGGAGUUUUACGGAUGAAGAUUGGUGCCAUAGUAUGCUCAAUUGGACACCCAAGUUCCCAAGAUGCCACCAAGCAGCUAUCUGAGG